UCACUGUAGUUGUCUGUUUACAUUUCGUACUCAGACUGGGGAUAGCAACCCGCGCAAGGGCUCCGCUGGAAACGAGGCCUUUUUCCCCUUUCGCUGUCGUCCUGCUUCUUUACCCCGAAUUGUUCUUCAGUUCAGCCAAAUUCACCGCCCUCUCUAACCUUCGUACUGCACCCCACUCUAGGAACUCCGCGCCUCUGCACUGGCACUGCUCGCGGGUUUUGCUCUACUCCCCCCCGUGUAUCGCAAGCCGCACCACCUCAUCUGCUGCUUGAGCUGCCACUCUUGACACGGCUUUCCUCGUCAUUGUUCUUACCCUCUCGCCACCUCCCUUUUCAAAGUGACUCGGGGUUCCACUCCGUGUGUUGUUGCACAUUCAGUCGGAUAUUCGAUAGGCCUUCUUAUUCCCUGUUGUUCUCUCACCCACUCAGUGUGUGAUAAUGAAAGUGUUAGUGAUUGUGACAUAGUAUUCCUCAUCUACCAUCUCUUAUGCUACUACUUCCGAUUGGGAUUGAGCACUCAAAUUUGAAGUGAAAACCACGACGUUAGAGAAUUUGUAGUAGUCCUCUUCAUUUAGGAGGCAGUUUGCAAUUUAGCUUGUUUCUCCAACUGGUGCUUCGGUUUGGUGUUUGUUUCACAACCGUGCCGUCUGAUGCGAUAUUGCAACCGUGCCGUAGGUUAGAAUACCGCGGGGCUGUGUGUAGCAGCAUAUUGGCUGUGUACUAGACCCUGUAUUGUGGUGUGGAACUACCUUUGGAGAAGUUUCAAUCGAUCACGCAAAUGGUUGAGUGUGACUGCAACUGUACCUCUUAACGAAUAACGAUGUUGAUGAGGACUUAACACCACGCCAUCAUUGUGAAUCUGGUUGUGGAAUUUGGCAUGCAGUAGAAGAGCGUGGGUGGUUUGUUCGUCCUCGGCGAUAAUAUUCAGUUACUGAGAAUAGUCACCGAUAAACAAAUUCUCACGUGUUUGAUCUAGAAGUCUCUCUGCUGAGACGUAGAGUACAAGGUUGGCGGAGAAGUUCCUCUUUGUUCAGGUUGAGCUGGCUACGUGUCUCUGUUGAGCGAUUGACAAGCAUGCGAGUGUAAUGGUGAGGAACGCCUGGGAGCUCUUCAAGUGGUCGUUGGCGCACUUGUAACGGAGAGACGUACUGCGUACCAAGUAGUUACGAUAGCCGGCUGAGUACGCUCAGUCUGAGCUCAGGAUUUGCACACUCAUUAUCAUUGUGUUCAUUCAGGAAAGAGCCUCGUACGGACGCUCAGUGGGCUCUGGAACGUCUGAAGUAGUGCUUACAGAAAUAGUCAGAAAUAGGUACCUUACUGUUGCCGCAGUUCACAUUUGGAAAUGUUAGUAUGCUUUUCAACGAGAAUGCGGUUGGAUUGCUAGAAUUCAUCGGAAACAGGAACGGAGCAUCGCUGGAGCAUGCCCGGAGCAAUGGUGUGGCUAAAUGUGAGGAAAGUUAUGCAGAGGCAUUGCAAGUCGAUGCUGAUGAGGGAGGCGACUCGCGAGGUGCGGAUUGCAAUGGCGAAGACUGCAACACUACCUCCAAUGAUUGCUCACGAGGCUCUUCGGCACAAAUGGAGGACAGCCGUGAAUGCUCCAGUGACUCCGGAGGAAAGAGCCAGAGUGUGUCAUCUUCGUCGAUGAAGGCUGUGGAAAACGUGGUGAUGCAAAUAUUAGAGAGCGUGCGAGCUUCUGGAUACGGCGAAGAGGUUUGCUACGAGUUUCGUGACCAUUUCCUCCGUCUCCCCUCCAGGUACACCUUGAAUAUUGAUCCUCACAGACAUGAAGACGUGCUUCUGCACAUGGAGCUUCUGCAAGAGGCGCGUGAAGCAGAAUAUGCCUCUAGCUGUAGUAGCUAUGGGGACUCUGUCGUCCCUACUCCACAGGUUCAUGUACGUAAAGUUCAGCUAGCAGGGUUUGGAUCGUCUCCAGGCGAUGCAGCAGAUAACACUGCUUUCCCUCCUUCUGCGAGGGAAGAUUUACCAAGUAGAAACGAAUUGCGGAUCCCGAAACCUGCGUUCGGGUCUGGAUCAAAUCUGGUAGGGUUAGGACUUGUAGGUAGUCCUAAGCUCCAUGUGUCCGAGCCUGCUAUGAGUAGGUCAUUUUCAAUCCCACCUCAGGGAACACCUCCCCGUUUUUCUCCCUUUGGAGAAACACCUUUGAACGGCAGUGGCACAUAUCAUCCUAUUCCUCGCCCUGUAUUUGGGAGUUCUGCAAAUUCUUCACACGUCGAUGAUGCCAGCGAACACCACGAUGCUUCAUCACCCUUCGGGUACGAGAUUACGAUUGCGACUUCCGAUAGACAAGGGCUUCUUAGGUACUUUACAACAGCUCUCAGCGAUUCACAUCUGCAAUUAAACAUUAAGGAAGCUCACGUUUUCAGCACAACAGAUGGAAUGGCGCUGGAGGUGUUUGUAGUUGAGGGUUGGCAUGGAGAUGAGGCAGAAGAAUUGAAGCUAGAAGUAAUAUCGGCCCUUGAUGAAAGGUCGGGUUUAAGACGUAACUUUUCUGGGGAUUCAAGGUUGCGAGCGGCUGCUGAAGCUAUUCAAUACGAGGAUUGGGCUGUGGACUUCAAUUUGCUUGAGAUUGGAGAGAAACUAGGUACUGGAUCGACUGGCAGAUUAUUUAAAGGAACUUAUUUGUCUCAAGAUGUAGCGAUUAAGAUCAUGGAGAUAGACGAAUACAGCAGUGGUACAGACUCCGACACUCACAGGUCUACUCCCGCGUCCGAGCGACUUCAGAUUUACAAGCAAGAGGUUUCCAUCAUGAGAUUGGUUAGACAUAAAAAUGUGGUUCAGUUCAUCGGCGCUUGUUCGAAAUGGCCCAAGCUAUGCAUCGUCACUGAGCUAAUGGCUGGUGGCAGCGUCCGGGAUCUUCUUGACAGUCGAGUAGGCGGCCUAGAUCUUGCAUCAGCAAUCAAGUUAUUGCGUGAUGCUGCGAGAGGAAUGGACUUUCUUCAUAAGAGGGGAAUUGUACAUAGAGAUAUGAAAGCUGCAAAUUUGUUGAUUGAUGAACAUGAUGUCGUCAAAGUUUGUGAUUUUGGCGUAGCUCGCCUUAAGCCUACUACAAUCAAUGCUGCUGACAAAAGCAUUUGUUAUUCCGCUGAAAUGACAGCGGAGACGGGAACUUACCGGUGGAUGUCUCCAGAGGUUUUGGAGCAUAAACCCUACGACCACAAAGCAGACGUUUACUCCUUCGGUAUCACAAUGUGGGAAGUUUUAACUGCAGAUGUACCGUACGCCGGCCUAACCCCAUUGCAAGCUGCAAUUGGUGUUGUCCAACGGGGGCUCCGUCCGGAAAUUUCGCCGUAUGUGCCUGCAGUUCUAGCUAACUUAAUGCAAAGAUGCUGGCAUAGAGAUCCGAAUGAAAGACCUGAAUUUAGUGAGGUACUUAGCACACUUGAGCACAUGGUAAUUAUCCCUGUGCCUUCGAGAAGAGUAGCCUCAAGGAGGAGGACGACAAACGCUUCCUUUCGAUCUUGAUUUCUGUUAAUGUAUUCUUGAAACUAUUUGAUAUGCAUCAGCAUAAUACCACAGGAGUCAUUUAAUUUCGUAAAUGUAUACACCCCUAGAUUCUAUUGCACAUCCUGGAAGUGGUUCGUUAUUGGCUAUUUUCACUUCACAAAGUUAUACUGGUCUUAGCUAUGGGCCUUGCAGUGUCAAUUUGCAGGCUGUCAACCUUGAUGGUCCAUUGCUGUAAAAUAAUGAUUCUUUACCGAGAGGAGUGCAGUCCAUCAUUUGAUAUCUUAAGGAGCACGUCUCACGCCUGGCAUUGGCAUGUGAGAUAUUGUACCAAUAUGGGGCGCUCAGCGCGUUAGCUUCAGAUACGAAAGAUUUUGAGCUCUCAAUAUUAAGCUUUUUGACAUUGUGGUAUUGACUGUGACAUUGUAGCUUACACGGUGAGCCAGCCACGUGGGAGAAGUAUUGCUCUUACAACAAAAUUUAAGAGUAGCUUUAGAUUUGAAUGGGAAAUAUUUUGUAGACAAAGAAAACGAUUUUUCAGUUAAUACUAAGUGAGGCAGAUUCCAUGACAGUAAUGUAAAUUACAAAAGAGAGGUUUGGUACAAAAUUUAUUUUGGGAAAGAAAAAAUCAAUGCUUGUCA